GAGUAGAGUGAGUGUGAGGGGUAUGAGUAUGUACUGGAGUGCGCGCGCCUUUCCCUCUCCCUUAUUUGUCUUGGUGUGUGUCUCUCCCUGCACCCUCCCCCUGCCUCAAUUAUAUUAUUCCCCCAGACUUGGAAGCUGCUGCCCGAGCUGACGCUUUGAUGGUAUCUGCAAGCGUUUGUGCUGAUCUUAUUUCUGCCCCCUGAAUAUUAAUUCUCGAAGCCGGUAGCAAUACAUCUCUCCAGCGACAGGACCUACUAGAGUCAGGUGGGGGGAGCCACCAUCAGAUCAUAAGCAUAAUAAUAAUACAAAGGGGAGGGAUUCUUCUGCACCCAAGAGGCAAGAGGCGAGAGGAAAAAAAAAAAAAAAAAAAAAAAACGAUGAGUUCGCCAAAUAUAUGGAGCACAGGAAGCCCAAUCUACUCGACUCCUGUAUUUUCACAGAAAAUGACGGUGUGGAUUCUGCUCCUGCUGUCGCUCUACCCGGGCUUCACUAGCCAGAAAUCGGAUGAUGACUAUGAAGAUUAUACUUCAAACAAAACAUGGGUCUUAACACCAAAAGUUCCUGAGGGUGAUGUCACUGUUAUCUUAAACAACCUGUUGGAGGGGUAUGACAAUAAACUUCGACCUGACAUAGGAGUGAAACCAACAUUAAUUCAUACAGACAUGUAUGUGAAUAGCAUUGGUCCAGUUAAUGCCAUCAAUAUGGAAUAUACUAUUGAUAUAUUUUUUGCCCAAACAUGGUAUGACAGACGUUUGAAAUUUAAUAGCACCAUUAAAGUUCUCCGGUUGAAUAGCAACAUGGUGGGCAAAAUCUGGAUUCCAGACACUUUCUUCAGAAACUCUAAAAAGGCUGAUGCCCACUGGAUUACCACCCCCAACAGAAUGCUGAGAAUUUGGAAUGAUGGUCGUGUACUCUACACCCUAAGGUUGACAAUUGAUGCUGAGUGCCAAUUACAGUUGCACAACUUCCCAAUGGAUGAACACUCCUGCCCCCUGGAGUUCUCUAGCUAUGGCUAUCCACGAGAGGAAAUUGUCUAUCAGUGGAAGCGUAGUUCUGUUGAAGUGGGUGACACAAGAUCUUGGAGACUCUAUCAGUUUUCAUUUGUUGGACUGAGAAAUACCACAGAAGUGGUGAAGACAACUUCUGGAGAUUAUGUGGUCAUGACAGUCUACUUUGAUCUGAGCAGAAGAAUGGGCUACUUUACCAUCCAGACCUACAUACCCUGCACACUCAUUGUUGUCCUCUCCUGGGUGUCUUUCUGGAUCAAUAAGGAUGCUGUUCCAGCCAGAACAUCUUUAGGGAUCACCACUGUCCUGACAAUGACUACGCUCAGCACCAUUGCCCGGAAGUCACUCCCCAAAGUCUCCUAUGUCACAGCAAUGGAUCUCUUUGUAUCUGUUUGCUUCAUUUUUGUCUUUUCUGCUUUGGUGGAAUAUGGCACCCUGCAUUACUUUGUCAGCAACCGGAAACCAAGCAAGGACAAAGACAAAAAGAAGAAAAACCCUCUUCUUCGGAUGUUUUCCUUCAAGGCCCCUACCAUUGAUAUUCGCCCAAGAUCAGCAACCAUUCAAAUGAACAAUGCCACGCACCUUCAAGAGAGAGAUGAAGAAUACGGAUAUGAGUGUCUGGACGGCAAGGACUGUGCCAGCUUUUUUUGCUGUUUUGAAGAUUGCCGAACAGGAGCUUGGAGACAUGGGAGGAUACACAUCCGUAUUGCCAAAAUGGACUCGUAUGCUCGGAUUUUCUUUCCCACAGCCUUCUGCUUAUUCAAUCUGGUUUACUGGGUCUCCUACCUUUACCUGUGAAGAAGUAAAGGUUUUAUCGAUAUGGGUCUUAUUCAGUGAAUCUCUUGGAGAGAAGGUAUCCUUUCUAAGUCCACUUAAAUAAUUCUCUCUGUGGUUGAUAAGGAUCUGAAUUUAUUUCUAUGUCCUAGCCUGGUAAAUUGUAUAAUGUCAUAUCGUUUGUGCUCAACUCUCCUGUAAUUUAAACUUUAAUGUUCACUGUGUUUCAAUCCUGCAAGGCAAAGUAAAAUUAGAGCAAGAACAUUAAAACCAAAUGAUAUUUUUUCAGCUACAGCAACUGACAUAGUGAAAGAGCAAACUAUUUUCAGUGGUGGCAUCUUACCUGAUUGAUAAAACUAGAUACAAAAAGGUCCAGAAGUGUACCUUUCACUUGAGGUCAUAUUGUGGUAAUUUUGAUUCCAAUAGAAUACCACCUCAUUGGAGAAGAAUCACAAAUCUCACUAAAUAUAAAAGCCUAGACUAGAAAUUGAUUCUCUUUUAUCCCAAGAUAGAAAGAAAAUGUCCUCCACAUCACAUGUAUAAUGAUGUAAAUAUUUCAGUAAUGUAGAAUGCUUUGAAUUUAAUGCAUGCAUCUCUUUAGAGCCAAAAUAAAUGGAUUGACGUUAUCAUCAUAAAGUAUGGUCUUUUAUUUUGUGUCUUUGAGUUAUAAAAGAAUCAUGAAUGUAAUCAUGAGGACUGGGUUUGGAAUUGAAGGGAGGAAUUUUCAUGGCCUUCUCCCUCCUGCAUGAAGAUUCAAUCAGUUUAUUUUUGGUUGUAUGAUAUAUUACAACACUUUAAGUAAAAUAUGGACUGAAUAAUUGACAUCUGCCACAUCUAAAUAUGCCCAGUUUCAUAACUAGAGGAUAAAGUAAUUGUAUGUGCUUGCUGUAUUUUUUUUCCCCUUUAGAACAAUAGAUUAUAAUCAAACUUAUCCUCCAUCUCCAGAUCUGCAUCUAGUGAUUGUAAAUGCCUUGUGGGCAGAAUCCUUGCCAGUUCUUUGGAUCCUCAGCUUCUUAUAUAGUGCCUGGCACAUAGUUGGUGCUCAAUAAAACUGGUUUGAACUGAACUGCUCUCUGGUGACCUAUUCCAUGCUGACCUGGAAUCAACAAUUCCUCUCUUCACACGGGCUUUGUAAAGUGAUUUUUGAUAUUGCAGAAAGAGUCAGAGGAUCCAAAGAACUUUGGCUAUGUCCAUCUUCAGAAAUUUAUUUUAGGCAAAGUCUAUACUUUUAAAACAAUAUUUAUGUCCUGUGCUUAUGUACAGAAAUGACUCUAUUAGGAUAUAAUGAGAAUCUGUGUAUAUGUAUUUUUUCCCCCAGGUUUAGAGAUGAGUCAAUCUGUCCUAUUCACAAUUUCACUUGUGAACUUAUGACAGGCAUAAGCAAGAUUAAUAUCAUACUGGUAUUCAAAUCUAGUAUUCUAUGUUCUGUAAAGAAAGAAAUGUUUUGAAGAUGAAUCCAAAACUGAAAGGAAAAAGAAAAUGAAGGACUUACCUAGACGUUUAGCCAAUGAUUGUGCUCAGAAGACUAUUGCCCCAGACUUCCGAUUUGAUGAGUUGAGUCCCAUCUUUGUGUACACAUCCUGAAUCCUUAUUUUUCUAAAAUAGCACCCUUUGCCAGUUCUUCUUCUUUAUGGCAAUCACUAUUCUAAGCCAAAAGUCAAUCAUAGGUAGUAACACAUUAUAGAUAAUCUAAAAAGAGUAGAAAAGAAGGGAGAGUGACUUUGUUACUAUGAAACCAUAUAAAGUCAUCAUCAAGUCAUCUGGAUGAAUCUUGAAACACAUUUAGCUGCCAAUUUUACUAUAUUAGUGCUCUAGUAUAAAACCUCAAACAAAUGUAAAUAGAAUGAAUUAUUUUCUUGUUUUGAAUUGUCAAGAUAUUCAAUGUUGACUCUUUUGGGAGAGUUGCUGGCAAAUUUCAAUGAUGAGCAACAUAUUAUUGUCAACUUGAAAUGUGUUCUGCAAUGGGGACACUAAAAAAGCUAGCUUUUCAAUGUGUGCAUAGUAUUGACAAUAUGAAUAUAUAUUAUAUAUAAUCUAAUUCUUAAUUAUCAGCUAUACCCUGUCUAUGUAUUUGAAAACCUUUUCACAAGAAGAAUUGCCUAACAUGUGGAC